UGUAAUAAAGCACUAAAAUCCCAAAAUUUCUCUGUAUUUAUAACCAUAAUCAACGACCUUAAUGUUAAAGAUAACGGUAUUUGAACUGUCCUAAGAAAAUGGUGGGACAAAUCUAACAAAAACCAAUAACUUUCUUCUCAAAUUCCUUCAACUCCUCUAAUAAACCAAAUUUAGUCUCUUUUCCUCUCUUUUCCUUUGCUAGGCUUUACAUUUUCCUUCUCUAGCCAAAAAAAAAUCUCUUUCUUCCCAUGGGAUGUUUUAUGAUCUAAAACAUCAAACCAAAUCAACCCUAAUUUAACUCAAUCGAUCAUUUUCGUCGUCACUGCCAUCCCAUGGGAAGUUGCAUGUCAACACCAACAAAGCUAGUAGGUGUAAUAUCAAAGAAAUAUUAUUAUUCAUCGAAAGCAAAAUCCAAACAUGGACGUUUGGAUUACGAUGGGGUACGAAAAUCGUUAAGCCUACGUGGGAGCAAUGGUAAGGUUUUGAAAGAUCCAUCAGGAGACAAUAUUUUGGAGAGAUACGAGUUGGGAAAAGAAUUAGGGAGAGGAGAGUUUGGGAUCACACAUCAAUGUUUUGAUUUAGAAACGGGGGAAGCUUACGCAUGUAAGAAGAUAUCGAAGGCAAAGCUGAGUACGGAGAUCGAUAUCGAAGAUGUAAGAAGGGAAGUUGAGAUCAUGAAGCAUUUGCCUAAGCAUCCGAAUAUUGUAACCUUUAGGGAAGCCUUUGAGGAUAAAGAAGCUGUUUAUCUUGUUAUGGAGCUUUGCCAUGGAGGUGAACUUUUUGAUAGAAUUGUCGCUAAAGGUCAUUAUACAGAACGAGCUGCUGCUACCGUUAUCAAGACCAUUUUGGAGGUUGUCAAGGUGUGCCAUGAACAUGGGGUGAUACAUAGGGAUUUAAAACCUGAGAAUUUCUUGUUGGCAGAUGGAAGAGAAACUGCCCCAAUUAAAGCAAUUGAUUUUGGCCUCUCAAUAUUCUAUGAACCUGGUCAGCGUUUCAGUGACAUUGUUGGAAGUCCUUAUUACAUGGCUCCAGAGGUUUUAAGAAGAAAUUAUGGGAAGGAAAUUGAUAUAUGGAGUAUAGGUGUUAUCCUGUAUAUUUUACUUUGUGGAGUUCCUCCCUUUUGGGCAGACACUGAGGAAGGAAUUGCACAUGCAAUUAUAAAAGGAAACAUAGAUUUCGAAAGGGAUCCUUGGCCUAAGGUUUCUGAUAAAGCCAAGGAUCUUGUUAAGAGCAUGCUUGAUCCGAAUCCAUAUAGUCGUAUGACGGUUCAAGAUGUCCUUGAACAUGCUUGGAUACAAAACUUGGAACAUGCUCCAAAUGUUAAUCUGGGAGAAAAUGUGAGAACAAGGAUUAAGCAGUUCUCCUUGAUGAGUAAAUUCAAGAAGAAAGUUUUGAGGGUGGUAGCAGACAAUUUGCCAAAUGAAGAAGUCGAUUCAAUUAUAGAGAUGUUCCAUAUGAUGGACACUGAUGAAAAUGGAGACUUAUCGUUCGAGGAGCUGAGAGAUGGCCUUCAGAAAAUUGGACAUUGUGUUGCUGAUCCUGAUGUGCGGAUGUUAAUUGAUGCAGCGGACAUUGAUGGAAAUGGCACACUUAGCUGUGAGGAGUUUGUCACAAUGGCAGUUCACCUGAAAAGGAUUAGCAACGACGAGCAUCUCUCCCAAGCAUUCCGUUACUUCGACAAGAACCAAAGUGGUUAUAUCGAAUUCGAAGAAUUGGAAGAAGCAUUGCUGCCAGACAACCAUGGUCCCAACAAUGAACAGCUGAUCAAGGACAUAAUGCAAGAUGUCGACAAGGACAAGGAUGGUCGAAUCAGUUACCAAGAGUUCAAGGCAAUGAUGCUAACUGGCAUGGACUGGAAAAUGGCUUCUCGCCAAUAUUCAAGAGCAAUGCUAAAUGCAGUGAGCAUCAAAAUUUUAAGACAAUCUGGCCAACUAAAGUGACAAAAUUUUCCAGGCUGAAAGAGAUUGUUGUGUUUUAGAUAUUGCAAUGGGAAGUGGGAAGUGGGAAAUUUCCAAUAUAUCUGAGUUUUAUAGAAAGGAUAUAUGUCAUAGUGUUUUACAUAGAUAAAUAGAGUUGUUUCACUGAGAUAAGAUUAUUAGCUCCUGAUGUUCAUGAAGGUUUUGUUUUGAUCAAAGGAAGCUGAAGUACUGAAUUUUUCAUUGAUAUGUUAAUCUGUAAAUU